GGAAAUCGCCGAGGCUUGAAACAUGGAGAACGAAACCGGCCCUUCCGAAUCCUCCAUCGCGGCAGGACACGACGACCACAACGGCACGUGGGAUCACGAGGACCUCUUCUUCGACAAAUACAAGCAGGGCACGGCCUUCAUCGUGGUCUUCAUCCUGGCGUACCUCUCCGUGUUCCUGCUGUGCGUGGUGGGGAACCUGCUGGUGAUAGUCGUGGUGGCUCUGAACAGAAACAUGCGGACCGUCACCAACUUCUUCAUCGCCAACCUGGCCGCGGCGGACCUGCUGGUCGGAGUCUUCAGUCUGCCGUUCAACCUGGCGGACAGCAUCUUGACAAGCUGGCCAUUCGGCGAGGCCAUGUGUAAGACGUUCCUCACGGUGCGGGUUCUGUCCGUGUCUGCCUCCGUCUUCACUCUCGUCGCCAUUGCCGUGGACAGAUAUUACGCAGUUGUCCACCCCACCAGCCCGCGUUUCACCAAGACAGCGAUGAUGUACAUCCUCUCCGCCGUGUGGAUCGUAGCGGCCGCUACAUCCGCGCCCCAGGGCCUCGUCCUAACCAGCGUCACCUACGAGGGCCUUUACACGGAAGACGGACAACUCCUGACCGCCUGUGAAGAGGUCUGGCCCGGGGACUACUACGUAGCAGGAUACACAUUUUUCCUAUUUGCCAUAUGCUAUGUUUUCCCCUUGUUCAUCAUUGCCUUGUUGUACAUAAAGAUUGGCAGGUCGAUCUGGAACAGAUCCAAACCGGGAACGAACCAUGACACACAAAAGAAACUCCACGUCAUCAGAAUGUUGUUAGUUGUUGUUGUGGUGUUCACCUUGUCCUGGCUUCCUCUCUAUUCCUUGCUCAUUGCCACGCUCUUUUCCAACCUAACAGACACCACAGCUGAGAUUCUGUACCAUUACGUUUCGCCAAUUGUAAAAGGGUUGGCUUUCAUCAACUGUGGAGUAAACCCAGUCAUAUAUGGUUACUACAACAAGAACUUGCGAAAGGGCUUCUCACAGCUCAUUGGGUCCACGGCUUGAGUCAAAUUAGAACAACUUUGUACCGAAGAGAACAUGUUUCUUGGCGUUCCACAGUGUCUGGCUUUUUAUCUUGAAAAGUGUUCCUAA